AUGCAAGAGCUUCUUCAAAACGAUGCAAUUCGGCGUAUCUCAGGCUUUCAAAACGCCCUCUUCAACACAUUCUGCCACAAGAACCAUGUUGAAUAUAGGGAUACAAACGAGGAAAUCCAACACAAGCAACCUGAGCUACGGGCUAACUUCCAAAACACCGCGUUUGCUGCCACUACUUUCAACCUGGGACCCCGCUCAUUUUCUCCACCUCACAUGGACCCGGACAACCGCGCCUCCAGCUGGUGCGCUGAUACCAACAUGGGACCCUUCGACCCCGACAAAGGUGGGCACCUUGUGCUCUGGGAUCUUGGGCUCAUAGUUCGCUUUCCUCCUGCACACGAGACCCGCUACGCCAUGAUACAGUACUCUUCUGGUGGUCUUUUCCGAUGGCGCGACAACAGAUUUCAGUCAGACAAGUCAAUUUUAGCAAAGGUUACUGCAGCAGAAUGCACUGAACGGGAAGCAUCAAGGGCAUCGCAAUGGAAAUUAGGCCUGCAGAAGUUCACGCGAUGGGCAGACAUUUGCAGGGGCAAUUGGAGGGGUACGGUUCGUACUGCCGCUGGCCUGGAUGAAGUCAGUGAUCUUUCAGACCUUGAGGAGCCUCCAGUAUUACAAUCAUCUAAACGCGCUUGUUGCUGUUGA